AUCAAUGGAUAUCCUCGUCUCUGCAAUCGUGGGUGACCUCAUCAGCAGGUCUGCAUCGUUCGUGACCAGCAAAUACUUCCAGCAGCAGCCUGACAUCAACAAGAUUCUACAGAGGCUACAGAGUGUCCUACUGAGAAUCGACAUCAUCGUCGAGGAGGCCGAGGCGCGGCACGUCACCAACCAGGGGAUGCUCCGUCAGCUCAAGAUAUUGAGGCAAGGAAUGUACAGAGGCCGCUACGUUCUUGAUUCCUUGAGAUUCCAAGCCGCCCUCGAUGAGGAGGAGGUAAGCCACUCAUCAUCUGCGCUCUGUAAAACUAGUCCGGCCAAACGGCUCUGUUUCUCUCGCGCCGGCAGCAGCAGCAGCAACAGAGAAGCGCUGUUGUUUGGCACAAACAGCAACAUGAGGGAAGAGCUGCAACGGAUGGUUAAUACCCUUGAAGACGACAUGGCUGGCAUGAAGGAGUUUAUUUUCUUCUUGGAGUCAUAUCCCCGGAUCCUCCGCCAACCUUAUGGCACAUAUUUGGUAUUGGACAAUUGCAUGUUUGGUCGCCAAACGGAACGAGAGCGGGUCCUGAAUUUCUUGCUUUGUCCCAGUGCUACUUCAGACUUGGCUGUACUUCCGAUCAUUGGUCCAAGAAGAGUAGGGAAGAGCACCCUUGUCGAGUACGUCUGUAGGCAUGAGAGUGUGCGUGAUGGCUUCUCGAUGAUCAUGUUCUUUCCAGAAGGUAGUCUCAAGGAUGAAGGAGUGGUUGACCUGAAAGGAAACUAUAUUAAUGGUCUAGUCAGACAUCAAAAUUCUGCUUCUCAAACCAGGUUGCUGAUUAUUGUUGAAAUAGCUGAGGAUAUUAAUGAAGGAACAUGGAGAAGGUUGAAAUCUUUGGCAACCAGCAUGACACCGUGCGGUGGGAGCAAAAUCAUAAUCACCAGUCGAUCAGAUAAAAUUGUGAAUCUGGGAACAACAGAAGCACUUCGAAUGGACUAUCUCCCUGAAGAAGCUUAUUGGCAUUUUUUCAAGUCGCUUGCAUUUGGAAGCACACACCCUGAUGAGCAGCCUAAACUGGCAGUGAUGGCAAUGGAGAUCGCUUUGGGAUUCAGAGGGUGUUUCACAGGCACGCAUCUCAUUGCUGGGAUACUGCGAGAUAACUUGAAUGCUCGAUUUUGGCGCACAACCCUUGAAUGUGUGAGAGCAUAUAAACAGGCACAUCUCCUUAUGUUUGACCAGCACUCAUGCCUUCAUUUCCGAGAAGAUGCACCGGUGUAUUGUUGGAGAUUGGGGGGCAGCAGUAAAUAUUUCUUGAUUUGCAAACAUCAUCAGUUAGAUUCCAGUGAGGAAGUCCCCAAGAUCACUGUGCACGACAUCAUCUUAGGACGUGGUGGCACACUACCACAAGGGGAAUUUGAGGCUCUUGCAUGGAGGUCUCGCAUACCACCCUACUACAACUACACGAUAAGCUGUAAGAUGCAAUCGCCACAACUUACAGUAGGAAGCAAGAAGCGCGUGCAUGAGGAGGAAAAACAUUUCAUUUGAGUAACACAAUGUUUGUGACUCACAUCAUGUAUGCUACUGCCUUGUCCUGCGAAUUAGGAAAUAUUAUUACACUGCAUAAUCCUUGGACUUGAAGAAAAGGGUAGAGAAAAAAUUGCCCCAAAUUUGCUCUGUUUCUGAUGUGUGUGUGUGAGGCUGAUCCUUGGGCGAAAGCCAACAAGUUUCAAUUCCUCUGUCACACAUGUUUUAAUAUUUUCCGUGGCAGAUUCUCUUUCUUGC